UCCGUGCUGGCGAGCCACGUGCCGGGAUCUUACAGGAUAAAUAUAUAGUUUAUGACUGAAGGUCUUUAUUCAAGGUGUCAUCUACUUCUGAUGGGAUGAUGUCGUGAUUUAUGUGUGUGUGUGUGUGUGUGUGUCGCACAUUGGGUUCAUCAUUGAAUGUGCAUCUUUAAGUUUCAUGCAAGCCGUGGAUUGAACUUACCUCAACGGUUUGUCACAAUUGUGUGUGGGUUUGAAGACAGUGAGAUGGGGAUAAAGGUAUUCAGUACAAAUGUAUGCUCAAUCUUGCCAAGAAUAAAGGACUGUGUUAUUGUUUGAUGUGUCCUCUCUGUUUUUUCCAUGUGCUAGCAUUAUAUAAUUAGUGCAUUAACUUUAAUCUUAGGGUUUUAUUAUUGUUCAUGAUUCAUUGUAAGAUAGAUUAAUCGAUUAUGCUAUUGGUAAGCUCCGUCGAUUUAAAAAAAAAAAAAGAGGUUUAGGCGGAGUUGGGUUGGGGGAGGGGGGGGGAAUACCAAAUCACUCACGCAUCAUAGCGGGGAAAGACUUGCUGUUGUUUAAAUGUUGUUUUAAAAUCUUGUAGAUUUAAAAAAAAAAGAAAGAAAGAAAGACUUCAACUUUAAACGUCAACUGCCGUCAAACAGGAAAUAAAUUCACGAGUGUGGCGCCGGGUCCCCCUUAACUCCAAACAAUAAUGCGGUGGGAUAGUGACCCACCUGCUCAGGGAUCUGAUUGAUUGACAUCAUUGACCUGCAGGAGGCCGAGCCUGGUGGGUUGAACAUUGUGACCAACGUUAUUCACCUAAAUAGCACGGUGUGCUCUACACAUCUAAUCUAUUGAUUCAUGGCUGUGUGUCUGGAUGUGUCCUUGUUAUUGUUGUAUAAGUACCCGUGUGUUAGACCAGGUUGCCUGACCGUAUGUUUGUAUUUGUAAGAAGGAGUGCUGUGUAAAAUUAUCCAUUAUCUCUUUGAUCAGACCGCCUGACUGCGUGUCGCCGUAUGUUGCGUUAUCCAUUAUCUCUUUGAUCAGACCGCCUGACUGCGUGUCGCCGUAUGUUGCGUUAUCCAUUAUCUCUUUGAUCAGACCGCCUGACUGCGUGUCGCCGUAUGUUGCGUUAUCCAUUAUCUCUUUGAUCAGACCGCCUGACUGCGUGUCGCCGUAUGUUGCGCGUGUCGCCGUAUGUUGCGUUAUCCAUUAUCUCUUUGAUCAGACCGCCUGACUGCGUGUCGCCGUAUGUUGCGUUAUCCAUUAUCUCUUUGAUCAGACCGCCUGACUGCGUGUCGCCGUAUGUUGCGCAUGACUCAGUUUAUUGAGUAAAACUUAGGUGUUGUUUUUUUUAAUAACCUGUUUAUGACUAAACGGCUUACGUUGAAUCAAUUAACAUCUCUUCAUCGGUUCUCUUGUCAACUACUGGACAUCCACUACCCUGCAUCCACUUGCACUCGAAUGAUAAAUUUAAAACAAAAACUAAAUGUGUUCAAGAAAUUCCUUUCUUGUUCAAUGAACAAAAUUACGCAAAAUGUUUAAACUAAAAAUGUUUGAGUGCAAAAAUACAUAUUAAAAUAUUCUUAUUCUUCUUAACAUGCGUCAUUCCACACACACAAAAAAAAGAGAAAAAAGCAAGAGUCAGUUCAAGAGAUCUAAUGCCCCUUGUAUGUUCGUUAUGACCCUUGUAUGUGCGUUAUGCCCCUUGUAUGUGGUUUGUCCUACUCUUUACGUCUAACUGCACUUCUUCCAAUUCCUAAAACUUUUUCUGAUUGUUUCAUCAAAGCGUUUCCAUGGUGGACCAUGGUUUACUUCCUUGAUUCCAGGAGAGAACAACGCAUUAUUAUGUCUGUGUGUCUUUUUAUUAUGUCUGUGUGUCUUUUGAUUGCUCAUUUAAUGGCGUGUAAUUUCUAUUUCCUAACAUAUUUAUUUGCUGUCGAUAAAUCACCGCAGUCAAUUCAUAUUUAGUUCUCCGUUGUUAGAGCUCUGUGUCCGUUUCUGUAACCCUACUUCCAGCUACAAAAUGAAAUCUCUAAAGUUGGUUGUUGUUGUUUUGUUUUUUUUUACUGUGAUCUGAUACUUGUUAUGCUUCUCUUCGUCUUGUCUUCUGAUGAAGGCUCCAAGCCGAAACGUCCAAAUCUUUUGUCCUGUCCAUGAAUUCAAGUCUAGCAGACCUUGUUAUUAUAUUUCGUUUACACAACUUUAAUCUAGUCCAUCAAUUAUUAUGUGUUUCACAACCAUUUACUGAAGUAGUGGCGCAUCAUAUUUAGUGUACGGUUUUUUGUUAAUGUUAUGUUUCUAGACAUCUCUAUUCUAUCAUUGUAUUGUGACGAACGCCCCUCUAGUUUGCUACAUCGCGGCAUUGAUACCCGCAUCGUUGAAAUAGUUCAGCAUAUUAAAUUAGCUCUCUUCAUUAGACAGAAGUCCCCUGUCACAAGGCGGUGAGUUGCCAUAUUAAAUACUUAGGAGUCGUCACGUUUACAGAAGACUCCUACAAUACAUUGAAUCUUCUGACAUAAGUCUUCAGCUGCUUAAGCUUUGAAAUUCAACUAGAAAUUCUUUGCACUAUGAUAAAAAAAAAAACUAAACUUUUACAUUCAACGUUUCACCAAUAUAAUGUGUUGAAAACAUUUUUUGCAGAUUUAAAUUGACAUCUUUUCUUUGAUAUCAAUCUCAGGCUCCCACUCCGCAAAAAGAGAGCGGACCAACAACCCAACAGCUGAGUGAGCCACUGUUUACAUAGGAGAUCAUCUCCUCACCAACUAAAAUGGCCAAAGACAUUUCCAAAAGGAGGCAAGUCAGCCAUUUUCAGACCAUUCGAGAAGAUCCGGGUCACGAGAUCAGUAAGAAACCCAACAAAAAUGAAGACUCCCAUUACGCAGCGGCGAGUCAAAAAGAGGCUUACGUUACCGUUAGUGGUGGCUCGGGCCCCGCGCGCGCCCCCGUUCACGCGGAAGCCAAAUAUGGGGCGCACAGAUCGGUUGUGGUGAAGAAAUGCCAGACCGCCAAGGUGGAGGCAAGUCCUCCCGCGAAAACAUGUGGAGCUCCUGCUCAGGUGCAUCCUGGUCUACGUCACGUGGCUGUUCAUUCUAAGAACGUGAACCCGACCAGGGCUCCAACCAAAACUAGAUCAGGGGUCAAGGAUGGAGCCAAAUUAGACGUUCACGCGCUCAAGAAAACAGACCCAGCUAAACAAGUCAUCCUAACAAGAGAAGAUCACGUGACGGAUGCUGCCCACGUGAACCCGGCCUUUGAAGAUGAUGAUGGCUUCCAAGGCAUGAGUUUAGGCCGAGAGGAUUUUACGCAUAAAUCGAGUCUGACUUGGGGCGAACACUCUGUGAGAGAUACAGUUCCCCAGGGGCAGAUGAUAUCAGCCUUGCAGACGCCGAGAGACGUGAAGGUGAAAAACUCCCCCGAGCAUGCACACCAAAAGUACAAGGACCCAGCCGCGGAGCUCAGCGAGAUCGUCCGCUACAAAGAUAUCAACUACGGUGCGUGCUACACAGUUCAACACAUACAGCCCAGUUCAGAAUUUGGAAUGGUCGACGUCAGAGUUCAGAACGCGGACACUGAUCCCUCACUGGGACAACUCCCCGGAUUACAGCAACACAUUUUAAAGGACUCCUCGAACAACAAGCUGCGGAAGCUGCAUAAUGGUGAGCGGCUUGAGUUGGAGAUUCGGGAUAACUUCAAUCCAGAUCAAGCGACGUUUGAAGCAAAGCCCCGCGAACACGACACGGCUUCCACAAGGACGCCGCGUCACAUCCAGUUUUUAGAAGAAAACAGAUUCACCCAGCCCGUCAAACUGCGACAGCUGCCAACCGUCCGGAGUAAAGGCGGCUCCGAAGAAGACCGGCCGAGUCGGCCUCACAGUCGAAGUUUAUCGUUGACGCCGUAUUUCGAUCCGGAGGGCGAGUUCAGAAAGGCGCUUCAGGCGUCCUCGCAGUCCGUUGGAAGAUCUCAGUCCAUGAGGGUGUCGUCCACGUCAGAGUUGAACAAAGACAAGCCCAAGAAGCUGCUUCGCGAGCUGAGCUUUUCCGAUGCGGACGCAACCGCUGGGAGAAACUAUGGCGCCCUGAGAGGGAGGCAUGCGAUACCUAGGAGGCAGUGCAGGAAGGAUUCAUCCAGCGAGGAUGAUGUGAUCAAAGAAGGUUGGUCUGAUAUUUAAAAUGGGUAAAUGUAUGAGACGAUUGUCAAGGUAUAUGACAUCAAACUGAUACUAUGAAAUACUUCAAUUUUAAGUUAAGUAUUUUUCUAAAAAUAUUAUUGAUCAAAAGAAAUGGAAAUGUGUUUUGAUUACUUUGUACAUAUUCAAAAAUAAAUCAUUUUUUAAAAUUAAUUUUAAAAAAAAAAUUAAUGAAUCAGAAUGGAAAAAAAACAACAGAACAAUUCAUUUAUAGCUGAUGGAUAAACAUUCUGAUUGAGAGUAAACUUUUUUUUUCCACUAGAAAGAUUUACAUUACGAUUUAUUUAAAAAAAGAAAAGAACAAAAGAAACUAAGUCCUUUGGAGGAUUUAAAUUAAAGUAACAACAUCAUCAAAAUUGGUGGAGUUUACACAGUAGGCAGUAGAAAUUAGGAAGUAGGAAGAAGGCAGUAGAAAUUAGGCAGUAGGAAGAAGGAAGUAGGAAGUAGGCAGUAGAAAUUAGGCAGUAGGAAGUAGGCAGUAGAAAUUAGGCAGUAGGAAGUAGGCAGUAGAAAUUAGGCAGUAGGAAGUAGGCAGUAGAAAUUAGGCAGUAGGAAGUAGGCAGUAGAAAUUAGGCAGUAAGAAGUAGGCAGUAGGAAGCAGGAAGUAUAAAUUAGGCAGUAGGAAGUAGGAAGUAGGCAGUAGGAAGUAGGCAGUAGGAAGUAGGCAAUAGGAAGUAGGCAGUAGGAAGUAGGCAGUAGGAAGUAGGCAGUAGGAAGCAGGCAGUAUAAAUUAGGCAGUAAGAAGUAGGCAGUAGGAAGCAGGAAGUAUAAAUUAGGCAGUAGGAAGCAGGCAGUAUAAAUUAGGCAGUAGGACGUAGGCAGUAUGAAGUAGGCAGUAGGAAGUGGGCGGUAUAAACUAGGUAGUAAGAAAUAGGCAGUAGGAAGUAGGCAGUAGGAAGUAGGCAGUAGGAAGUAGGCAGUAUGAAGUAGGCAGUAGGAAGUAGGCAGUAUGAAGUAGGCAGUAGAAAGAAGGAAGAAGGAAGUAGGCAGUAGGCAGGAGGCAGUCCGCGUUGGUGAGAAGGAGGAGCAAAUAAAAAAUUAAAAAAAGACAGCGGGAAGCAUUAGAGCCAAACUCUUUUAUUGAACAAAACAACAACAACAAAAUACGAACGUUAAAGAGGAAGAAACACAAUCAGAUUGCUUAACUGGCUGAUGACAUUCUGAUUUGGUUGAAAUCUUUAAGUUUAAAGAAGAAAAUGAUAGGAUUUGCGUUUGUGUGUGCGUGCGUGUGUGUCUGUGUGUGCGUGCUCCAUAUUAAAUCGUUAAAAUAAACGUGAUUUCUUUGGUUUUAUUAAAAUGUUUAAUACAUUAAAUUGAAAGAAAUAACUGGGGGGGGGGGGACGACGACAAACAAACAUUCACAAGACCAAGCCCCGUAACUCACAAGUUACCCAUCGUGCUUAGGAGAAGAAAAGAUUUUUGGAAGCCCUUUUUACUACCUAAUGUUUUUGUGUGUGUAGAAACUGACCAAUCAAAUGAUGCCACGGCAGACCUCAAAGUUCAUCUCCUCAAACUCAUGCAAGAGCUCCUGGUUCGUGGCAAGGUCCAGCAGGUUGCCAUCUUGGAACAGGACAGCGGCAAGGUGCUGGUGUCCUUGCCGCCCUGGACGUUGUCUGACCAGGACUCCGUCGGUCUGGUCAAGGCCGUCUCGCACAGCCAAGAGAUCAUGCUGAAGCUGACCAUCGGGCGCGAGGUGAGUUGGGUGGGUUGUUAUCUGGAAACGCUCGUGGUCGUUCACGGAAGAGAAUGUUCUCUUCUCUAAAGCUAGGUCCAGCGCGAGGGUGGAGUGUGCAUGUGCGUGUGUGUGUGGGGGGGGUGGGGGUGGGGUCGGCAGUGAACAAGGCACGUGACAUCCCCCCAAAAACACACUUAAUAGGUUUACAAGAAAAUAAAAGUAUAACGACCUCCCUCCCCCCCCCACACACACACACACCCGCAAACACAGAUAUUGAGUCUAAUGUCUGCAGCCAUACGAAUGUCUGCCUUGUGCAUACAUCUGUUAAAGUAACCGAUUCAGUUAUUAAAGGGGCCGUCCAUAAGAUACGUUACGCAAAGGAAAAGAAUGUGGGGUGAGGUGGGGUCUAAGAAAUUGUGACAGUUUGUGACACGGGCGGGAUUCUGACAGAAGAGGGCGUCACUCAUACAAAUUUAUAGUUUAAUAGUCAAGUGUGUUGUAGUUUAAAUUUUAAUUAGUUUUUAAUUUUUUUUUGUAAACAUUUUUUAAUUUCAAAAGUGUGGCAUACUUUAAAAAGGUGGGGAAAAGGGGGGGGGGGUUGAGAUUGGAGACAUAUUGGGAUAGGGGGGGGGGGGGGGGAAAAAUUGCCCAAAAAAUAGCGUGACGUACUUUAUGAACGGCCCCCUAGCGGGAUUUCAAAAGAUGAAUUCUGACAGAAGAGGGCGUCACUCAUACAAAUUUAUAGUUUAAUAGUCAAGUGUGUUGUAGUUUAAAUUUUAAUUAGUUUUUAAUUUUUUUUGUAAACAUUUUUUAAUUUCAAAAGUGUGGCAUACUUUAAAAAGGUGGGGAAAAGGGGGGGGGGGUUGAGAUUGGAGACAUAUUGUGAUAGUGGGGAGGGAGGGGUAAAAAUUGCCCAAAAAAUAGCGUGACGUACUUUAUGAACGGCCCCAUAGCUGGAUUUCAAAUGGAAGAUAUUGGACGCCGUAGCCAAUGAAACAAAACGUCCAACAUGCACACGCUAAAGAGCUGCCCGCAACCCCACCUUUUCCGCUCGCUCAACUGAUUUUUGGUGUGGGCGUGUUUUUUCAUGCAAAAGGGGGAAAUGGGAAAAGUUGUGGGGGAAAAAAAACGAAGGCUAAUCCUAUUUCCUGUCUUCUUUAUAAUAUGAUGACAAAGGCCUAAAAUCAAAGUCUUCGUAUCUUUUUAUUUUCACCACAGAUUUUCAUUAAAAAAUGUGUAAGUUUAAUGAGAGUGUAGAUACCAAAUACAUAUGUUUAACAUUUCAACCUCUCCCCCCCCCCCACCCCUGGGGGUCUAACCUCGCAGGUGUUCACGUGUUUCAAGCAUGGCCGGAACAAAAUGGUCGGACGUCACGGCGAUAAGGUGUUGGUGGCCCAAGAGACGAACACGUGCGUCGUGGUUGGGUUGGCAGACGACGACACACCUGGCUCGUGUCUGUACGAAGUGACUGAGCUCUCGCACGCGCUGAUGGACAAGGACUGGUGACGGGGGUGGUCAGGACGACAUGUGGUGUUGAUGGCUUAUUAUAUGAUCUAUGGGUUACCCAGCAGAAGUUGUGUAUUAAUGGUUGUUAUUAUGGUUGGCUUGUUAUAGUUUAUGGGUCGCCUAUUAGAGGUCAUGUGACAGUGAAUAGAAAGAAAUAAACGUUAUUACAC